AUUAAAUUUAAAUCUUAGUGUUGGUUAUUCUUUACAGAUAUUUGAUAAAUAUUGUAUGUUUAUUAAUUGAAUUACACAAGAAUGAUAUAAUUUUGAAAGGGUUUCAUGAUUCAUUUUCAUGCCAUAUAAAAUAUGGCAUGUUCUAAAGAAGAAAUUGAAAGGAAACGCUUAGCUGCCUUACAAAAAAGACAAGAAAAGCUUAACAAUCAACAAUGUUUACAAAAUAAUUAUAAUAAACAGAGUCCUUCUAAUACAUUUUCACCCAUAAAUUCAAGUGCUGGAUCUGUGAAACCUAGAGCUGGAUCUCAUAUAGGAUUUCAUCCUUACGGUAAGCCAGAUAAUACGAAGGGGUUAGCUGAAAAUGCCUGUAUUCCGAUUACCAAGGUUGUCACUGGAACUGUAUACUUGAUUUCUGAAGAUAGAUUUGAGGUGAAUCCCUCAGAGUUUAGUGCCCCGCUCAUCAAUAUCUUUAAGACAAUACCCUCGAAGAGUUACGAUAUAAAUUCGAAGUUAUGGAAUUUUUGCAUAAAAGAUUAUCAAGAGCUGAUGAUGAAAGUUUCUUCAUUGGCACCACAUGUAGUCCUCGGACCUUUACCUUCAUAUGUCUUGAAGAUACUUAAUGAACCUGUUAUAGAUCUAAAUACUGUGGAUCUGUCACCAAUAGAAAAGACACUUCGAGAUAAAUUAUUGCCGUUUCAGGAGGAUGGAGUUCGGUUCGGUAUCGCCAGACAAGGGUGUUGUAUGAUAGCAGAUGACAUGGGGCUCGGGAAGACAUUCCAAGCUCUUGCCAUAGCUAGUUACUAUAGGCAUGACUGGCCGUUGCUUAUUGUCACAACAUCUUCAAUGAGAGAAACUUGGCAGAGUAAAAUUAAUGAGUUGUUACCGUCUAUCCCUAUGAUGAACAUCGCGAUACUUUCAAGUAGCAAGGACAGUCAAUUCGUCGCUGAUAAACAGACGGAAAUAGUUAUUGUAAGUUAUAAAAUAGCAGGAAUGUAUACAGAGCUGCUGAAGGAUAAGAAGUUCGGGAUGAUUAUUGUUGACGAGUCGCACCACCUGAAGUCCCGCAAGGCGCGCGCGACGGCGGCGCUGACGGCGCUGAGUGCGCGAGCGGCGCGGCGCGUGCUGCUGAGCGGCACGCCGGCGCUGAGCCGCCCCGCCGAGCUCUACUCGCAGCUCGCGCUCGUCGCGCCGCGCCUGCUCGGCGCCUACACGGACUACGGUAAGCGGUAUUGCGCCGGGAAACAGACGAACUUCGGUUGGGACAUGACGGGGCAGUCGAACCUAACCGAGCUACAAAUUAUACUGCAGAAGAGAUUCCUUAUACGAAGAACUAAAGAAAAAGUACUAACAGAAUUGGAGAAAAAAACAAGGGAAUCAGUGUUACUGGACCAUUCGCUGCUCCAGUUCACGAAGGAGGAGGCGCAAGGUCUGUCACAGAUGGCGAAGGCCUUCGAGAGCACCAGGUCGUCGGAAAAGCACGCAGCGUUGAUCACUUACUUUAGUGAAUCGGCUAAAGUUAAAAUUCCCGCCAUAUGUAAAUACGUCAAACAAUUGCUGAAGGAAACAACUAGCAAGUUCCUCGUGUUUGCGCACCACCGGAACAUGAUCGACGCCAUCUGCAACACCCUGGACGAGGCGAACACCCACUAUAUAUGUAUAGUGGGCUCCACCCAAUCCAACACCAGAGCUGAGCUGGUGGAGACGUUCCAGCACGUGCUCUCGUGCCGCGUGGGCGUGCUGUCGGUGACGGCGGCCGGCUCCGGCCUCACGCUGACGGCGGCCGACCUAGUGCUAUUCGCUGAGCUGCACUGGAACCCUGGGAUCCUGACGCAGGCGGAGUCGCGUGCGCACCGGCUGGGCCGCUCGGGCGGCGUGUGCGUGCGCUACCUGCUGGCGGGCGGCACGGCCGACGACUUCAUGUGGCCCAUGCUGCAGGACAAACUCGAUGUUUUAAACAACGUAGGUCUUAGCGGUGAUACAUUCGAGAACAACACAUUCACACGGCAAGAAAGUAAAAAUAGUAUGGCACAGUAUUUAUCGCCAAGGAGUAGUUAUAACAACGAAAAUAAUUACAUUCCCGGAACAAACAUUAGAAAAGUUGCAUUAACUGAAGCUUCGAAGAGUCAUAACGCGAGUAGCUUGGAGGACAACACGCAAACAAAUAAUCAAACGGGUUGUGAAAUGGAUUCGUUUAUGGAACACGAUGAUGAUGACGACCUGCUUGCCGACUUGGACUUAUGAGACUGUACCAUUGCAAAUAUUUUAUAAUCUGUGGUAAAUGUUAAAAUAAAAAAUAACUUAUCUGUAAACAGUUUUAUGUGACAUUAUUGAAAUGAACUGCAGUUGUUAAAAAAAAAAUCUCAAAAUUAAUAACAAUAAGAUGCAGCAACUAAUGUCCAACCGCAGUGAGACUGACUGACAGGUCCGUGGUUGAAAGAACGAUGUAACGUUUGUUCCAAAUGAAAUGACAUUAGUAAUAAUAAUUUCAUCUAAUAUUACGUUGUUAUAAUUAUUAUAAUUUAGCUGUUAUAACCUAAACUAGUAUGAGAUACGAUAUUCUGACAGAUUUCGGCCACGGCGCUCAAUCUCCGAGAUGGCCUAGUGGUUAGAACGCGUGAAUCUUAACCGACGAUUGUGGGUUCAAACCCGGGCAAGCACCACUGAAUUUUCAUGUGCUUAAUUGGUGAUUAUAAUUCAUCAUCAUCGGUUAAGAUUCACGCGUUCUAACCACUAGGCCAUCUCGACUCGUUUGUCGAUAUAUAUAUUUUUUUAUAUUAUAAAUUGUCUCAAUAAUACGAUUCUCCUUUAUUGUUAUAUAUUUUGGUAAUAUAUGGUUCAUUAUUUAUUAGGACUUCAUUAUUCCUUGACUUUAACGGAUCUGAAUUAAUCUGAUUUAAUUUAAAAUGGAGUUCAAAAUUUGGAGGUAGUACUUUUUAUUGGAUGAAACAUUGGUUCCCAUCCCAAAGUAAUUCGACAGGAUAAACACAUUGCCUUCUCUUUUCAACACAUUUGAAAAAGGGAGAAAAAUAUAUUUAAUCAUGUCGAAUUUGUGUAGUCUAGAGUUUGUGUGUCUGAAUCUAUUGAUUACAAAAUUGUAUGUGAUCAAAUCAAAAUUAUAUAGUAUAAAAUAUAAAUUGAUGUAUUUCCGUUUUACGGUAGUUUUUGGAAGUUCAAUCCUGUAUGCCGAAUGCGAUUUGUAUCGAAUGAAAACAGCGCCGUCUAGUGACGAUAAUCGGAUAAACCCAAAUGUCAAACGAAAUCUCUUCACUCUUGAUUUGAACUUAUUUUUAACUAAAUAAACAGAACACAAACAAUAUAAAAAAGAAAGACUAAAGUUUUGAAGCUUCUUUCUUUUUGUUAAAAAUUAUUAUAGUGGCUGGACCAUUUAAUAAUAUUCUUAUUGUAGUGUUUUUGUCGUGUUUUGUGUGUGUGAAACGGAUUUUGGUAUUUUCAUUUCUCUCGUAUUUUCAGUCUUUCUUUUUUUUAAACUUGUAAUGAAAAACAUAAUUCAUUAUUUCUCUUCACAUUUAUUUGAUUACUUACCUAUAAUAUAUAAACUCAUGAAAAAUAUUUCAAUAUUUGAGUAUGUGGUUUUUUACGAAAAUAUUUUGAUGGUUUGGACGGAUGUUACAAAACGUAUCCAAUCCAUCUAUUAUAAAUGCGAAAGUAACUCUGUUUCUUAUGCUUUCACGGCUAAACCACUAAACCGAUUUUGAUGAAAUUUGUCACGAAACAAGCUUGAACCCCAAUGAAGGACAAAUCCUAUUAUUAUACUUUACAAACGGCGAAUACUAGUUAUUUAUAGGAUUUUAAUUCUUAAGUAAGUUUUUUAUUAUCUUAUGCGCUAAGGAUAAUCACUUGUGAAUGAAAAACCCU